AUGAGGGUGGAAAAUGUGCAGUCUGUGCUUGGCAGAGCUUCCCCGCUGCAGCUCAAAGUCCACGUGGGCCGGAGAGAGCUGAGCCGUGGUGUGUUCGCCGAGCGCUACUCGCGCGAGGUCGUUGAAAGAACCAAGCAGCUCCUUUUCCAAGGGGCCCAGGCCUAUAGAGAUCACAUAUGGGGCGAAGGUUGUUCCAUCCACCACAUGCCAGAGUCACUGAAGCCUGGCCUGGUGGGGGCCUCUCAAGCUGCAAGGGGACAGAUGUUGAUCGGACCUGAUGGCCGACUGACACGCUGCCAGGCUCAGGCCUGGGAAGCUGGCCUGCUUGGGGCAGCACCCAUCGCUUGUUCAUCCUGCGUGAGAUCUGUGGAUGGGAAGGCGGUCUGCAGCCAGUGUGACCGGGCCCUCUGUGGGCAAUGUAUAUACACCUGCUGGGGCUGCGGAGCCUUGGCCUGUAUGCUGUGUGGCCUUGCAGACUAUGCUGAUGAUGGCGAGAAGACACUUUGCACCAGCUAUGUUUGAAGCCUGAGGUGGCCAUGGACAGUGCAAG